ACGCGAUGUCCGUGUGUUGUGCAGGAGGGAGCGCUUUUAUUGUUGCAUGAGAUUUUAGCCAGUGUGCGUCGAAGAAACAUCGUGCAACGCCGUAACUCGCGAUUUUAGACUUAGAAAGUAACGUAUGUGUUAUUUAAGCACAAGCCUCGGCGUUUAAACGGCGCGAUCGUUCGGAAAAUGUCGGAAAGGGUGUCGUUUUGUAGUGUGCGGGCAGGAUUCGGGCCUGUUAGCCGCAUCGCCAUCAACGAGCUCUCCCGUUAAAGAUAAAGCGGCUAGUAAGACAUGUGUCGGUCUUCCUCUCAUGAAUCCAUUGCCUUAAAUCUGAGAAGAGUUCUUGCUGAUGGAUACGCCAGAGAGCCCCACCCAGUCCCCACAAUCUCCUGAGGAGGAGGAGAAGGGUCUCUCCGAAAACGAGCUGCUGGAGUCGCCCGAGUCCCCAGCAGAAGUAGACAAGGGAGUUUCGGACAGUGAGCUUUUGAAUGAUGAUGAAAAUGAAGUACAGGAGGGUGGAGGAGACUCAGACUUUGAGGAUGGAGACAGGGUAGCAGCUGGAGGAGAAGAUCCUGAGGAGGUGUCAGACCUGGAAGACUACAAGAUGAGCAGGGAGGAGAGAGAAGAUUUCCACCAACAAGACCUCGGUUUGACGGUCCGAGGAAGCAGACAGAAUGCUAGCCAGUCUCCUGAAGAGGAGAUCCUUGAGACGCCGAGAUCACCUGAUCCUGACUCGCCAGGGCCAGAACACGAGCGACCUUUCACCCCAGCAGAAGAGGAGCGAGACGAGGAGGAUGAGGCAACCACCAAGUCUGGCCUCGGCCGUGCUGAGCUUGAGGAAGAGGAUGAUGAGGAAGAAGAGAGAAGACGACGGAGGCGGGCGGCGAUGGUAGUGAGUGAUUUGAAGGACGAAUCUUCCGUGUCCAGAGAUCUGGAUGAACAUGAGCUGGAUUAUGACGAGGAGGUUCCAGAAGAGCCGAGUGCUGCUGCACCUGAGGAGGACGAGGCUGAGAAGGGUCCCGCCAGGGAGGAUGGAGAAGAUGAGGAAGAGGAUGAUGAAGAGGAGGAGAAAAGACGGAAGAAAAAGGAAAGAAAACCAAUUCUGCCCCCAGAUAACAAAGACACACCACUGAGAAAAUCUGUGGACUCAAGGGAAGGAGGCAGGAGAGAUUCAUUCCGUGAUAAAAAGAAAGAGGAAGAUGAUGGAGAGAUUGAUGAGGGAGAGAUAGAUGAUGAUGAUCUUGAAGAGGGGGAGGUGAAGGACCCCAUGGACAGGAAGAUCAGACCCCGACCCAUCUGCAGGUUUUUCAUGAAAGGUAACUGCACAUGGGGCAUGAUCUGUAGGUUCAUCCAUCCAGGAGUCAAUGAUAAAGGCAACUACUCCCUCAUCUCCAAGCCAGAUCCCUUCUCUCCUAACGGAGCACCUCCUGGAGGAGGAGGCCCUCACCCCCUCAUGCCUGCCAACCCCUGGGGAGCCCCUGCCGUAGAAGAGUUGCCUCCCCCUCCACCUCCUCUAGAUCCUCCGGUGGAGAGCGCCUGGGAAAGAGGCCUUAGACAUGCCAAAGAGGUUUUGAAGAAAGCCACCAUUCGUAAAGAGCAGGAACCAGAUUUUGAGGAAAAACGUUUCACCGUAACCAUAGGUGAAGAUGAUCGAGACUUUGACAAAGAAAAUGACUUCUUCAGGGAACGCGGCUAUCGUAUAACCAGAGAGAUCAGAGAUGCUGGUGAUAUUGAGUUCAGAGAUCCAGGUUAUGCUGAUCCGUAUGGCGACCCAUACUAUGAUUAUGAGAUGGAAGCUUUUUGGCGAGGAGGCCAGUAUGAGAAUUUCCGAGUGCAGUACACAGAGACCCCACUGCCAUACUACCCUGACCGAGAGCGGGAACGAGAUCCACGCGAGCGCCACCGUGAGAGGGAACGGGAGCGUGAGAGAGACCACCGUGAGCGGGAGCGCAGACAGAGAGAGCGAGAAAGGGAGAGAGAGCGGGAACGGGAGAAGGAGAGCCGGCGCAGAAAGGAGGAAUGGGAGAGGGAUCGUCUGAAACGGGACGAAAAAGAGGGACGGCCUAGAGAGCGGCCUCCCAGAGAGCCACGGGAGAAAAAGGAUGAGAAGGAGAAGCCACUCAAACCACGUUCACCCACGAACAUGCCACCCAGAGGGCCAAUGGAGCCACCACCUAAGAAGGAGAUGGUCCCAUUGCCCAAGAGGCCAGAUGAAUGGAAAGACCCCUGGCGCAGGUCUAAGUCCCCUAGGAGAAGACCUGGCCUCAUGGGCUCCCCUCCACGUGGCCGUAGACGACACAGGCCCUCCGGAUCUUCAGUUUCCCUUUCCAAUUCAUCUAGGUCUUCAUCCCGAUCCUCAUCGUUCACGGGUUCUGGCUCUUCCCGUUCCCAAUCUCAUUCACGGUCAUCUUCAAUGAGUUCCUACUCAAGUCACUCCUCUCAGCACAGUUCUUUCAGCGGAAGCCGCUCUAGAUCACGAUCCUUCUCUUCCUCACCCUCCCCGACCCCCUCGGCACAAAGAAACACUAAUAAGAACAAAGCUGAGCAGCCUCCUGGUGCAGCAUUGAAAGGCCAUCCAUUGAAGCCUGGUGCACUGCCCCCUCCUCGCAGGGAGAAAGGACCCCCCAAAAUGAUGCCCAGCCCCUCGUUGCCUGAACAGCUGGGAAAGCCACCCAAGCCAAUCACAGAGACAGGAAAGCCCCCCAUCCCCCGUCCAGCUGGAAGACCUCCUGGACCCAGAGAGCCGAGAGAACCAGCCAACAUGAGAGAAGGACGCAAGAAAGAACGUCAACAGCACAACCCACCCUGCAGCAGGCGAACAGUGAGUGGCAGUGUAAGUGGCAGCAGUUAUACUGGCUCCAGCUCACGCUCAAGAUCCCGUUCCUCCUCCGCCUCACUCUCCCGGUCCCGUUGCGGGUCCCACAAGUCUAGGUCUCUGUCGGUCAGUAGCGUGUCAUCUGUCUCAUCCGCCUCCUCCAGUAGUAGCUCAGUCAGGAGUGCCGACUCUGAUGACAUGUAUGCUGACCUGGCCAGCCCCGUGUCCUCCGCCAGCUCCCAAUCACCCACUCCAGGCCAUGCCCGCAAGGAAAGGGGCCCUCCUCGGGACAAGGGCCCCAACAAAGACAGAGGAAAACCACCACCAAAACCACCAAAAAAGGACGAACCUUUCAAAGAGGAGCGAAAACGAGUGGACCCCUCCGGUCUCCCACCCAAAACCAGCUCCAGCAUGCCUAGAUCCGGAAACAGAGGUCACCCCAUGCUCCCGCCUCCUAUGGGUCCUCCAGGAGGAUACGGCUCUCACAAGGACAUCAAACUUACCCUGCUCAACAAGCAGCAAACCGACAGGGGCAAUAGGAAAAGGUACUUUCCUGCCGAUAAAGAGCGACCCCCUUCGCCUCUCAGCAAGAGGAUAGCACUUUCACCUGACAGAGGUCGAGACAGGAGGAUGCCCGGGCGGCCCUCGAUGUCUCCCAGAAUGGAUCGGCCCAAAGGCCAGGGUCCUCGACCCAUGCCACCACAAGGAGAAAGGAAGCGUCCUUUAUCUCCACCACCCAAAUCUUCUGGGAAAGGUCCUGCUGCUGUGUCUACAGGUAAACCACCUGCGCCCGGGGCUGGAUCCGGCUCUGGCUCCGCUUCUAGUUCCGGCCCGGGCAAGCCGAGCAGCACACUUUCUCGUCGCGAGGAGCUGCUGAAACAGUUAAAGGCUGUCGAGGAUGCCAUAGCCCGCAAAAGGGCCAAAAUCCCUGGGAAAUAAUAAACCUGGCGUCAUCCAACUUCUGGGACAUCUGUUUUCUUAACGCCCAUUGUUUGCCAGAAAUGGUCGCCGUUCUGAACUCUAAGGGCAUAAAUGUCCUAGGGAAAAGAGACCGCCGUUACAUUUCUGCUUGUUUUGCCCUCAGAGAGAGGUUGUCUAGAUUUUAUAUUGAUGUGCUGAAGUUGAGAAGUGGCCCUGUUCACUUGUUUGUUUUCGCAGGAAGAUGGAAUCUUUUCUGUAGUGUGUCUCAAAGAU